GGUGUUGCAGGUGCACUGUGUGAAACUACCAUCGCCACCUUCGAAACAAAAAACCCUGCUGCUACUUUAACGAAGACGACAUUUAAGUGCGUCGUCUGGAGGAAGACUCAUGGCGGCGGUUUGGUUAGGUUUUAUUUUGACUUUGGUCGGGUCGUUGGAUCGUUCCGUCCUCGCAGAAGCACAGGGUUGUGUGGAAGCUGGGAGCGUCACGGAGCAGGUUCUGUUCUCAGGACAGCAGACUCCUCCGUUCAGACUGAACUGCCCGAUGAAGUCUUCUGAGUCUGAGACACCAAAAUGGUUUAAAAACUGUCUGCCGCUCGAUAGCCAGCUGGGAAAAAGCUUCUUAGAGUUUCCCACCCUGAGACUGGAAGACAGCGGAAACUACACCUGCUCACUUCAGGGAAACACAUCGACCGCACAGAUCUGGGUAAAGGAGUCCUUGUGCUCCAGACCGCCGGAAUUUAAGCCUCAAGGAGAUGUGACUAAGGUUUUUGGGAAGGUUGGAUCCACUAUCAACCUGAACUGCACAGCUCAACUCCCCUGGGACCCGAGUGAGAAACCAUGUGACACGACGCUCAGCUGGAAAAAAGAUGGGCUUCCUCUCAGUAACCUCACCUUGCUGGUGCAAAACACCUCCUCAUGGUCUCCAACUGAAAGGCAGCUGGUGGUGAGCAGUCUGCUGGUGAUCAGCCUCACAGAUAGGAAGAACUUUGGUCUGUACAGCUGCAGUGUGAGAAGUAUCAGCACCGACUUCAGCCUGCAGAGUGCGAGCAGCCCGAGCCACACGGCUGCAGUCACCGCUGCCUUCGUCCUCCUCCUCCUCCUCGGUGUGGCGGCGGUGGUGUACUCCAGGUGUCACCUCAACAUCAAGCUCUGGUACCGCAACACUUAUGGGGACUAUGAACUGAACGACGGGAGGUUGUAUGACGCCUACAUCUCGUACGUCAACAACGACUACGACAGGAAGUUUGUCAAUUUCAUUCUCAAACCGCAUCUGGAGAACAAAAAUGGCUACAAGGUUCACCUCAAUGAGAACGACAUCCUCCCUGGCCGAGAGCCGUCCGCCGAGCUGCUCAUGAACAUCAGUCGCUCUCGCCGUCUCAUCGUGCUGCUCUCUCACGCGUACAUGGAGCAGGACUGGUGCUCCAACAGCUUCCGGGAGGGUCUGCAGCAUCUGCUGGAGCUGAGCCGACAACCUAUACUCAUCGUGUUGGAGGGGCAGAGCAAACGCAUGAGACCUGAGGUCAAGCAGCAGCUCUCUGAGCAUCAGCACCGACUCACCAUCCUGACUUGGAAGCACAACUCAGUGACUCCAUCAUCAGUCUUCUGGAAGGAGCUGGCCUUAGCCAUGCCUCGCCGGGUGGUCUUUCACAGCCAGUCAGCCGGAGACCCUCAGACCAUUCUGCAGGAUGACAAGGACCCCAUGCUCUCCCUCAACCCUGAUUACCUGGACUGCCGUGCUGACACUGACCCGGCUGGAGAUUUAGGGGUCCGCCACCCUGUGUAUAAGGCCAUGUCAUGCAGAGCUCCAGUCCUUCCCGUGGAUCCAAACACACACCAUCGUCCCAAACCCUCGGACAUUGAUGUGUCAGAUCUGGGAUCUCGCAACUACGGAGCUCGCUCUGACUUCUACUGUCUGGUGACAGAAAACGAUAUUUGAACUCUAGAUUGACCUUUUGAGUGCCAAGUGACUUUUUUUAUUGUGAAUAAUAAACACUCUGUGACAUUGUUAUCACUUUCUGUGAUGAAGCCCUCAGCAAGUCAAUGUGUUCUCAGAAUACAGAACGGCCGACUGUUACUGUCUUUCACACGGAGGCGUUUUACUUUGACUUUAACAAUGCUUGAUAUGAUAUGAAAAAAAAAGUAUUUAUGACUCAACACAUUUAACUGCCAGUUGUGUGUAUCCGUCUCCAAAAGGGGGCGCAGGAGCCGUGAGUAAGCCAGUUUGUGUUCAUUUGAAUUUAGUUUUACCACCUGACCACGUCUCGUGAGGUUUGAAUCCUGUGCUCACAGUUUGCUGCAGGUGUGUUCUCACGCCUGAAUAAAACGGUUUGGUGC